GCCUUUCUUCACUUACUGGGUCACCUUUGUGCAUUCGCUCAUCACCAUCCUCGCUGUGUGCAUCUACGGCAUCGCCCCUGUGGGGUUCUCACAACACGAAACUGUUGAUUCAGUCUUGCGAAACAGAGGGGUCUAUGAAAAUGUCAAAUAUGUUCAGCAAGAAAACUUCUGGAUCGGCCCCAGCUCAGAGGCCCUGAUCCACCUCGGGGCCAAGUUCUCGCCGUGCAUGAGGCAGGACCAGCAAGUGCACAGCUUCAUCAGCGCCAAGCGGGAGAAGGAGAAGCACUCUGCCUGCUGCGUGCGGAACGACAAGUCGGGCUGCGUGCAGACCUCGGAGGAGGAGUGCUCGUCCACGCUGGCCGUGUGGGUGAAGUGGCCCCAUCACCCCAGCACACCAAUGCUGGCAGGGAGCAAGAGGCAGUUUGGGUCUGUUUGUCAUCAGGACCCGAGGGUGUGUGAGCAGCCAGCCUCCAUGGAGCCCCACGAGUGGCCAGAUGACAUCACCAAGUGGCCGAUCUGCACAAAAAACAGUGCUGGGAAUUACACCAACCACCUUCACAUGGACUGCGUCAUCACAGGCCGGCCCUGCUGCAUUGGGACCAAAGGAAGGUGUGAAAUAACCUCCCGGGAGUACUGUGAAUUUAUGCGGGGCUACUUCCAUGAGGAGGCAACACUCUGCUCUCAGGUGCACUGCAUGGAUGAUGUCUGUGGGCUCCUCCCUUUCCUAAAUCCAGAAGUCCCUGACCAGUUCUACCGCCUCUGGCUCUCGCUGUUCCUCCACGCUGGGAUCCUGCACUGUCUGGUGUCAGUCUGUUUCCAAAUGACGAUCCUGCGGGACCUAGAGAAGCUGGCAGGAUGGCAUCGCAUCUCUAUCAUCUACCUGCUCAGUGGCAUCACUGGGAACCUUGCCAGUGCAAUAUUUCUACCCUACAGAGCAGAGGUUGGCCCUGCGGGAUCCCAGUUUGGGAUCCUGGCCUGUCUCUUUGUGGAGCUCUUCCAGAGUUGGCAAAUCCUGGCACGCCCGUGGAGGGCCUUCUUCAAGCUGCUGGCUGUGGUGCUCUUUCUUUUCGCCUUCGGCCUCCUGCCUUGGAUCGAUAAUUUCGCUCACAUUUCAGGAUUCAUCAGCGGUUUCUUCCUCUCCUUCGCCUUCCUGCCCUACAUUAGCUUUGGGAAGUUUGAUUUAUAUAGGAAGCGAUGCCAAAUUAUAGUUUUCCAGCUCAUCUUCAUCGCGCUCUUCUCAGGACUGGUGAUUCUGUUCUAUUUCUACCCCAUCAAGUGCGAGUGGUGCGAGUUCCUCACCUGCAUACCCUUCACAGACAAGUUCUGUGAGAAGUACGACCUGGACGCACAGCUCCACUGAGGGGCAAAGGCGCUGGAGAGGGACUGUCUGUGCAUUGGCUGUGCCAGUUCCACGGGGACAAAGCCUCUAAUCCAGUGACACCUGUAACCCUGCCCGUGGUUAAUUUAAACAAGUCUCCUUAGCACUUGGCAGGCAUGAUUUUGCCUUAUCUCAGAAGACUCUGAAAACGGAACGUUUGUGCCUUGUUCAAUUCUAUUGAACCUUUUCUGCUGCCAUUAUUUUUAUUACACUAGUUUCAAUACUACAUUUUUAACCGGAGUUGUUUACUACUGCUAAGGUGGUGAUUAAAUGGUAAGGUAGCGUUUUAGCUACUGUUAAUUGUU